CCAGUCGCAUUCACAUUGAUCGGUCAAACGUCAGGCGAGGUCUUACGCAAGAAGAAAAGUAAAGUUGAUUUUCGGUAGUUUUUUCCGGUAAUUUUCAUCUGUUUUCCAGUGAAUCGAGUGAAAAGUUGUUGAAACAGUGCCACAAUGUCGACCUAUCUUGCACUUCGUGCUAUUCUUAGUCCUGUAGCUCGUAAAACUUUGUCGCAAAUCCUGUGUGGUAGCGGGGCUGGUUUAAAUAUAAUUCGCACGGGCCCUACUCUUUGCCAGCAAUCUAUACAGAAGCGAUUUUACGCUGAGAAGGAAGUUUUCAAACGCGAUAAACCACAUUGCAAUGUGGGAACUAUUGGGCAUGUCGAUCAUGGUAAAACAACUUUGACUGCUGCUAUUACCAAAGUGCUUGCCGACAAAGAUUUGGCAGAAAGCAAGAAGUACACCGAUAUUGACAAUGCACCUGAGGAGAAAGCAAGAGGAAUUACGAUUAAUGUAGCUCACAUUGAGUAUCAGACGGAAAAUCGUCACUAUGGACAUACCGAUUGUCCAGGACACGCAGAUUACAUAAAGAACAUGAUUACUGGAACAGCUCAAAUGGACGGAGCUAUCCUGGUGGUGGCAGCCACUGAUGGUGCUAUGCCUCAAACACGAGAACAUCUGCUGCUGGCGAAGCAGAUUGGAGUCGACCAUAUUGUGGUGUUUAUCAACAAGGUUGAUGCGGCUGAUCAAGAAAUGGUAGAACUGGUGGAGAUGGAAAUUCGAGAGCUAAUGAGCGAGAUGGGCUUCGAUGGAGACAAUGUCCCAGUGAUCAAGGGGUCGGCCUUGUGUGCCUUGGAAGGAAAGAGUCCAGAAAUAGGAGCAGAUGCAGUGAUUAAGCUGCUAGAAGAGGUUGAUAAGUACGUUCCAACGCCGACACGAGACUUGGACAAGCCGUUCCUGCUGCCGGUGGAAUCUGUUCAUAGUAUUCCUGGACGUGGCACGGUUGUUACUGGAAGGCUAGAGCGCGGAACGGUUAAGAAGGGACAGGAAUGUGAAUUUGUUGGUUAUAAUAAGGUGAUCAAAUCUACCAUCACCGGCAUCGAGAUGUUCCACAAAAUCCUGGAGGAGGCACACGCUGGUGACCAGCUGGGCGCGCUGGUUCGCGGCAUUAAACGAGACGACAUAAAACGGGGUAUGGUCAUGUGCAAACCGGGAUCUGUCAAAGCAAACGAUAACUUCGAGGCUCAGGUUUACAUUCUCAGCAAGGAGGAAGGAGGCCGUCACAAACCAUUCACCAGUUUUAUCCAACUGCAAAUGUUCUCGCGCACGUGGGAUUGUGCUACACAGGUGCAGAUUCCUGGAAAGGAGAUGGUAAUGCCUGGCGAAGAUGCUAAGUUGCAUUUGCGGCUGAUGAGGCCGAUGGUGUUGGAGCAAGGGCAACGAUUCACUUUACGAGACGGUCACAUUACGCUGGGAACUGGCGUCGUGACCAAGGUUCUGAAUCAAUUGAGCGAGCGUGAGCGAUUGUCCCUGGUUGAAGGUAAGAAGGCACGAGAGAAGGCGGCGAGCGGCAAGGCUUAAAUCAAAGGAACAACUGCCCUUUUGCUUUUAAGAACAUUGUCAUUUAUAUUGGGUAAGGCUGGCUGCAUUCAUGUUAGUGACAUAGAGUUGAACGAAUCAUAUUGCUAAUAUAAUAAAAAUAACUAUUAAAAGAA